GUGAAUCUCAGGCACUGGGGCUGCGCUGUGGAAUCUGCUGGUCUGUCCUGCACCAGCCUCGACUGCCACUCCAAAGACGAGCAUCUCGAGAAAUGGCCGCUCAGUGUGUCACGAAGGUGGAGCUGAAUAUUUCCUGUAACAAUCUUUUGGAUACCGAUGUAGGGUCAAAGUCAGACCCACUCUGUGUAUUAUUUUUGAAUACAAGUGGUCAACAGUGGUAUGAGGUCGAACGCACAGAAAGGAUUAAGAAUUGCUUGAAUCCCAAAUUUUCCAAGACGUUUAUUAUUGAUUACUACUUUGAAAUUGUUCAGAAAUUGAAAUUUGGGAUUUAUGACAUUGACAACAAAACUAUUGAGCUGAGCGAUGAUGACUUCUUGGGAGAAUGUGAAUGUACGCUUGGACAGAUUGUUUCCAGUAAGAAGCUAACUCGACCACUGAUGCUUAAAAAUGGCAAACCUGCGGGGAAAGGGAGCAUUACGAUUUCAGCUGAAGAAAUAAAGGAUAAUAGAGUGGUUUUGUUUGAAAUGGAAGCCAGAAAACUGGAUAAUAAGGAUCUGUUUGGAAAGUCAGACCCGUACCUGGAGUUCCACAAGCAGACAUCUGAUGGAAACUGGCUAAUGGUUCAUCGAACAGAGGUUGUUAAAAACAACUUGAAUCCUGUUUGGAGACCUUUUAAAAUUUCUCUUAACUCUCUGUGCUAUGGAGAUAUGGACAAAACAAUUAAGGUAGAGUGUUAUGAUUAUGACAAUGAUGGGUCACAUGAUCUCAUUGGAACAUUUCAAACCACCAUGACAAAACUGAAGGACGCCUCCAGAAACUCGCCUAUUGAAUUUGAAUGCAUAAAUGAAAAAAAGAGGCAAAAGAAAAAAAGCUACAAGAAUUCAGGAGUUAUCAGUGUGAAACAGUGUGAGAUUACAGUAGAAUGCACAUUUCUUGACUAUAUCAUGGGAGGAUGUCAACUUAAUUUUACUGUGGGAGUGGACUUCACUGGCUCCAACGGUAACCCAAAGUCUCCAGACUCCCUUCAUUUCAUCAGCCCCAAUGGUGUAAAUGAGUAUUUGACUGCUAUCUGGUCAGUGGGACUGGUCAUUCAAGAUUAUGAUUUUGAUAAGAUGUUUCCAGCUUUUGGCUUUGGAGCCCAGAUUCCUCCUCAGUGGCAGGUAAGAGGAAAUCUCAUUUUAAAGCUUUGCUUUCUAGAAAAGCAACACAGGCCUCAUCAAUCUUUCUUUCCUUUUUGGCAGGUAUCCCAUGAAUUUCCAAUGAAUUUUAACUCAUCCAAUCCCUAUUGUAAUGGAAUCCAAGGCAUUAUAGAUGCCUAUCGGGCUUGUCUUCCUCAGAUAAAACUCUAUGGACCAACUAAUUUUUCUCCAAUCAUAAACCAUGUGGCCAGAUUUGCUGCUGCAGCCACACAGCAGCAGACUGCUUCUCAAUAUUUUGUACUCUUGAUCAUUACUGAUGGUGUGAUCACAGACCUUGAUGAAACCAGGCAGGCCAUAGUUAAUGCUGCCAAGCUGCCCAUGUCCAUCAUCAUCGUUGGAGUUGGAGGUGCUGACUUCGGUGCCAUGGAGUUUCUGGAUGGUGACAAUGGAAGUCUUCGCUCACCAUCUGGCGAGGUGGCCAUCAGAGAUAUUGUCCAGUUUGUGCCUUUCAGACAGUUUCAGAAUGCCCCCAAAGAAGCACUCGCCCAGUGUGUCUUGGCGGAAAUUCCCCAGCAGGUGGUGGGCUACUUCAACACAUACAAGCUCCUUCCUCCCAAGAACCCAGCUACCAAAUAAGAGGAAAGCAGAGGGGCUGUGACCUCUUCAGUAGAGUUCUGCUGUGCUGUGUGGAGCAGUGCUAUCUUUCACCUGGAACCUUGUGUCUGUCAUUUUGUGUAUUCAUCACUUGUAGCAUUUAUCAUGUAAACUUAGUUCUAUAGAGAUUAUAUCUGUUUAAAUCAUUCUUUUAUACUUGGGGGUUUUGGCGGGGGGGGGGCGGGCAGUGCCAAGUCUAUCUUGGCUCAAUCAAUUCAGUGAUUGCUAGUGACUUACAGUAAUUGCAAGAAGCCUAUUUGGAUUAGAAACUAGUGUAGCAAAAGCUGAUUUUGUUGUUUUUGUUUUUUCCUUUCCUAUGAUGAAAAUACUGUUUUUAAAAGUUUGUCUUAAAAGAAUGAAAGAUUGUUGGCAUGAUAUGAUCUGUACAUUGCUGUACUUGGUUCAUAGUGUAUGUUUUUUUUUGGGUUUUUUGGUUUUUUUUUUUGAGACGGAGCCUCAAGCUGU